UUUCCACUUUCUCCCCAAUCAAUUUUUCAUGGGACCUGCACACGCUCACUGCAAGUCGGUGGUUUGGUUUUUUAAUUGGGUUUUGUGUUAUCAGCGAGGUAACCUCGUUGCCUCGUGGACUUGGCUUCCUCAGUUGUCUUUUGGGAAUCCUGGCGUCAUGAGGUCAUCGGCUUGUCUUCUGCUCCUUUUUGGACUGCAGUUCUACAUCCUGGUCCCAACAGCGGCCAAUGACUUUUCCUCUUUUCUAAGCGCAAACGCCUCGCUGGCUAUUGUGGUGGAUCACGAUUAUAUGACCACGCAUGGUCAAAACAUAAUGGCCCAUUUUGAGAAAAUUCUGAGUGACAUAAUACGGGAGAAUCUGAAGAAUGGGGGCAUAAAUGUGAAAUAUUUUAGCUGGAACUCGGUGCGAUUGAAGAAGGAUUUUCUGGCCGCGAUAACGGUGACGGAUUGCGAGAAUACAUGGAAAUUUUACAAGAACACUCAAGAAACAUCAAUUCUAUUGAUCGCCAUCACAGACUCCGACUGUCCUCGAUUGCCUCUAAAUCGUGCUCUGAUGAUACCCAUCGUUGAGCAUGGUGACGAAUUUCCCCAAGUCAUUCUCGAUGCUAAGGUUCAACAGAUUCUCAACUGGAAAACAGCAGUGAUUUUUGUGGAUCAAACAAUAUUGGAUGAUAACUCGGUUCUGGUUAAAUCAAUUGUGCAUGAAAGCACCACCAAUCACAUCACUCCAAUCUCAUUGAUCCUCUACAAAAUCGACGACUCCCUGAGGGGCCAACAGAAGCGAGCUUUCCUGCGGCGUGCUCUUGCCCAAUUUGCUCCCAACAAACAUGAAGAGAAGCGCCAGCAGUUCCUAGUGGUAUCCGCCUUCCACGAGGACAUCAUAGAGAUAGCCGAGACCCUGAACAUGUUCCAUGUGGGCAACCAAUGGAUGUUCUUUGUGCUGGAUAAGGUUCGUCGAGACUUUGACGCUGCCACCGUGACCAGCAAUCUGGACGAGGGCGCCAACAUAGCCUUCGCCCUCAAUGAGACAAUGCCCGACUGCCAGGACACGCUAAACUGCACGAUCUCCGAACUAAGUCUCGCUCUGGUGACCUCCAUUUCCAAGAUGACCGUUGAGGAGGAGUCCAUUUACGGCGAAAUCUCCGAUGAGGAGUGGGAGUCCAUUCGCUUUACAAAGCAGGAGAAGCAAGCGGAGAUCCUAGAGUACAUGAAGGAUUACCUGAAAGCCAAUGCCAAGUGCUCCAGUUGCGCCAGAUGGCGUAUAGAGACGGCCAUUACCUGGGGAAAAAGUCAGGAGAAUCGCAGGUACCGCGCAACUCCCACUCGGGAUGCAAAGAACCAAAACUUCGAGUUCAUUAACAUUGGCUACUGGAGUCCAUUGCUGGGAUUCGUCUGCCAGGAACUGGCCUUCCCGCACAUCGAGCACCACUUCCGCAACAUCACCAUGGACAUUGUGACCGUCCACAAUCCACCCUGGCAAAUCCUCACCAAGAACAGCCAUGGAGUUAUAGUGAAGCACACCGGAAUUGUCAUGGAGAUCAUCAAGGAGCUGAGUCGGGCCCUGAAUUUCAGUUACUAUCUUCACGAAGCCAGCUCGUGGAAGGAUGAUACUUCACUUAGCACGACCAACAACAAUGAAAGCGAUGAGCUUUUGGGGUCGAUGACGUUUCGGAUACCCUACCGCGUGGUGGAGAUGGUGCAGAACAAUCAGUUCUUCAUCGCCGCCGUGGCAGCGACCGUGGACGAUCCCGACCAGAAGCCCUUCAACUACACCAUGCCCAUCAGUGUGCAGAAGUACUCCUUUAUCACCCGCAAGCCGGAUGAGGUGUCGCGGAUUUAUCUCUUUACAGCUCCCUUUACCAUGGAGACUUGGUUUUGCCUGGUCGGCAUCAUCCUACUCACAGCUCCCAUGCUCUACGCCAUCAAUCGCCUGGCUCCUCUAAAGGAAAUGCAAAUCAGAGGUUUGUCCACGAUUAAAAGCUGUUUUUGGUACAUAUUUGGGGCUUUGCUACAGCAGGGAGGCAUGUAUUUGCCGCGGGCCGACAGUGGCCGUCUGGUAGUGGGAUUCUGGUGGAUCGUGGUGAUCGUGCUGGUGACCACCUACUGCGGCAACCUGGUGGCCUUCCUCACGUUCCCCAAGUUCCAGCCGGGCGUGGACUACCUCCACCAGCUGGAGCGCCACAAGGCGAUCUCGCAGUACGGCCUGCGUAAUGGGACCUUCUUCGAGAGGUACGUGCAGACGACGACCCGGGAGGACUUCAAGCACUACAUGUCGCUGGCCAGGAUCUACGGGAGUGGCCAGGACGAGGACAUCGAGGCGGUGAAGCGGGGCCAGCGCAUCAACAUCGACUGGCGGAUCAACCUGCAGCUGAUCGUGCAGCAGCACUUUGAGCGAGACAAGGAGUGCCGCUUCGCUUUGGGCAAGGAGAAUUUCGUAGACGAGCAAAUCGCUCUGAUUCUGCCUUCGCAGAGUGCGUACCUGCACCUGGUGAACCGCCACAUCAACAGCAUGUUCCGCAUGGGCUUCAUCGAGCGUUGGCAUCAGAUGAACCUUCCCAGUGCGGACAAGUGCAGCGGCAAGAGCGCCCAGCGACAGGUGACCAACCACAAGGUGAACAUGGACGACAUGCAGGGAUGCUUCCUAGUCCUGCUCCUGGGCUUCUCGGGGGCCUUCUUAAUAGGCUGCUUCGAGUUCUGGUACCGCCGCUUCAGAGGAAGUCGCAAACGUCGCGAGUUUACCAACUGACCCCUUGAAAGUGUAUAAAAUAGUGGGUUUAAAUGGUUGCUACGAAAUUUGUUUGGAAACAUCAAUCUGUAAUCCACACUCUCGGCGGGAUUUAUCCAACGUUUUCUCUAUUUGGAGUUCACCUUACUCUGAAAAUAAUACUUGAAAUACUCACAAAGUCUAUUGAAGAUUCUUAACAGAUAAUACUUCCAACCAAUUUCAAUCGAACGUUUUCCUAACAAUUUAAAUCAAAUCAAAUAUAAAAUAUAACUCAAAUCUUUCUUUAAAGCACAAUAAAGCCUAUUCUGUUAUUAAAAAUGUUAAAUAGAAAAAAAUGAUUAAAAACAUAAGUAUCUUUGUUAAAAACUGGAAACUGCUAUAAAAGGCCUUUACAAUUGAUCAACAAAUUAAUAAAAAGAUAUAAAACAUUCCAUAUUUCAAGAUAAACUAACUAAUAAGAUAAGAAAAAAGAUUUUGCAAUAAUCUUUUAUACUUUUUCGUUGCCCACCUGAUAUCGAUUUGCAC